AUGGGAGCGUUUAUGUAUUUGAAUGAGCUCUGGAAGAAGAAGUCUUCCGAUGUUAUGCGCUUCAUCCAGCGUGUGCGCUCAUGGGAGUUCCGUCACCAACACACUAUUGUGCGUCUGCGUCGCCCCACACGCCCUGAGAAGGCCCGCAUGGUUGGCUACAAGACAAAGCAGGGAUACACUGUGUUCCGCGUGCGUGUGCGCCGUGGUGGUCGCAAGCGCCCUGUGCACAAGGGUAUCACCUACGGUAAGCCAAAGACCAGUGGUGUGUUGGGUAUGAAGCUUAACAAGAACAACCGCGCCAUUGCGGAGCAGCGUCUUGGCAAGAAGUACGGUAACCUGCGUGUGUUGAACUCCUACUGGGUGAAUGCCGACUCUACCUUUCUCUGGUAUGAGGUGGUUGCUGUGGACCCAAUGCACCGUGCUAUUCGCCGCGAUCCACGCAUCAACUGGAUCGUGAACGCCGUGCACAAGCACCGCGAACAGCGUGGCCUCACAUCAGCUGGCCGCAAGCACCGUGGUCUGCGCCACAAGGGCCACAAGGCAUCGAAGCUGCGCCCAUCGUACCGCGCUGCCUGGCGCCGCAACAACCGCAUGGUGUUCCUCCGCAAGCGUUAA